UUAAUACCUACGUAAUACCAUUGAGUAUAAUACAUGGUAUACGUCUUAUAUACUCAAUGGUAAUACUGACCACUGAUCAGUGAAUACAGAAGAGUAAACAUUUUGAUAGGCAGGUAAUUGGUGUUAUAUUUCCUGGUCUUGCCAAUCGCCUACUUGGUGUUGAUCGUGACGAAAACUCAAUUUAUUUUAUCGUAACCUAAUUUUCAAAAAUGAUUUUAAGUAAUGUCUUAAGAUACUCAAAGAACCUUGGCUCUAAAGUCAAUGGACAUAGGUUACAAAGCACAUUAAUCGUUGCUGAACACGACAAUGAGAAACUUGCAGCAGUAACACGUAAUGCUCUUACAGCUGCAAAGAAACUUGGUGGUGAAGUAUCUGUUCUUGUAGCUGGCACCAAAAUCGGAUCGGUGGUAGAAGAAGUUACCAAAGUAUCUGGUGUAACUAAAGUUCUUAAAGCAGAAGGUGAAGAAUUCAAAGGAUUUCUACCAGAAGUUCUAGCUCCAUUAGUAUUAGCUACUCAAAAAAGAAUUAAUGCUACUCAUGUAUUAGCUGGCUCCAGUGCUCAGAGCAAAUCACUUUUACCUAGAGUGGCUGCAUUAUUAGAUGUAUCUCCAGUUACUGAUGUAAUUGACAUUAAAUCUUCUGAUACAUUUGUACGAACCAUUUAUGCAGGAAAUGCUAUAUUGACCUUGAAGUCACUAGAUGCUGUCAAAGUACUUACUGUACGUAGUACCAGCUUUGAAGCUGCUGCUGAUGGUGGUUCUGGCUCUGUUGAAGAUGCAGUACCUGCAGGUAGCUAUGAAAAAGGAACAGGUUCAGAAUGGAUAAGUCAAGAACUUACUAAAAAUGAUCGACCUGAUUUGGCUUCUGCAAAAAUAGUUGUGUCCGGAGGACGAGGUGUCAAGUCUGCUGAAAAUUUCAAAAUGAUCUAUGAUCUUGCUGACAAAAUGGGGGCAGGUGUUGGAGCUUCACGAGCAGCUGUAGAUGCUGGUUUUGUUCCAAAUGAUAUGCAAAUUGGACAAACAGGAAAAAUUGUUGCUCCGGAAUUAUAUUUGGCUAUUGGCAUUUCUGGCGCCAUCCAGCAUUUAGCUGGUAUGAAAGAUUCUAAAACAAUUGCUGCCAUCAAUAAAGAUCCUGAUGCACCAAUUUUCCAAGUAACAGAUUUUGGACUAGUUGCUGAUUUAUUCAAGGCUGUUCCCGAAAUGAUUGAAAAAAUAAAAUAAUAAGAAUUUAGUUAAAUAUUUUUUUUGUUAAUAUAAUUUGUAUUCAGUAUCAAUAU